AUGCAAUAUCUGUUUUUGCCGUUGGUGGUUCUGUGUGCAAAGGGGCUUAUCAGGAACAGAGAACCCGCAACAUCCAUCACCCCCUACCACUUGGACUCGCACGAGGGGGGCAAGGACAAAACGGAUGACUAUGGAAGUGAAGCGGAGUUCCCUUCUACAGACUUCCCAUCGGGGAUGAGUUUCCUGCAGGAGUGCACAAUUAACAGUUGCUUGAGUGUGGAGGACGAUGAGGUGGGAGGAGUUGCGUCGACUGGUGAGAUUGGCAAAGCUUCGCUCAGUGAUGCGGUAGGUGGUGUAGCAGACAGUGAGAAGAAGGACGAACCGAAGAGUAUUCAAAAAACGAACGAACCAAAGGAAGAUCAGAAGAAGGACAACAGACCUGUUAACAUGGGUGCCGAAAAAGACGGUGAUGGGAGUUGCGCCAUAGAAGGAAAGACGGAGACAAAAGGGGAGGGGAAGGAGGUCGUUAGGGAAACCACUAAAACGGAGGUGCAGGUGAAAGGAAAGGCGGGUCCCAAAAGUGAAGGCGAAAAGGGGGGCCAAGCCGUAAGUCAAAGUAACACCCAAGGAGAAAAGGGUGACAUGAAGGAGAAAGAAGAAGAGGAGGAAAAUGAAGACAAGGAAGAUUUAGUAGAGGAAGACGAUGCGGACGAUUUAGAGGAUGCAAAAGAGGAAAACGAUGAGGAGGAUGCACAGGAUGAUGAUGAUGAAAAGGAGGAUGAGGAGAAAGGAGGGGAAAGCAAAACCAAGAGUGAUGACCAUGGGGGGCAGAAAAAGGAGGAUUCGAAAAGCACUGCUAAUACUGUCAUGAAUGAAAAAAAAGUGGAUUCAAUAAAGGAAAAUACUUCAAAUGGAGUAGAAGAAAAAAGGGGAUCUCCACCUAGUAGCAAUUCAAACGGGGAAGAAGCCAAAGAGGAAACUCAAAAGAGCACCAAAACGAUUGUCGUGGAGGAGAGAACAGAGCUUCCCAUCGGUAGCCCAACACAGAAGAUAAGUGACUCAAAGACGAGUUUAAAAAACAGUAGUAACACAAAUGGGGAGGGGGCAAAAAUAGUUCCUCCAAGCAAAGACAACAACCAUGGGGCAGAGAUGAAUGUGAACUCGCCGCCAGGUAGAAAUCCGAAGGAGGGAAAAGAAUUCCCGAAGAGCAAGGACAUGCAAAGUGCAAAGGACAUGGAAAGGGACACUGCCAAAGAAAACGCAGCGGGUGGAAAAAGUGAAGUUAAGGGAGGUAACAACGAGCAGCAAGGAGAGAGUAAGCAGAGGGAGGUGCCACAGGGGGAGGAAGAUGCUGCAGAAGCGAAAGAAAAAAGGAAUCAUGCAGACACUGAUGUCGACAAUGUUGGUAAGGAUGUUGCUGUUGAUGCUGAUGUUGAUGCUGGUGGUGACGCCGAUGUUGACGCCGAUAUUGAUGCCGAUGUUGAUGCCGAUGCAGACACCGAUGGUGAUGAAGAUAUGGAAGAGGACGAGGAGACGAAAAAAGAAGGGAAGGGACCCAAAGACAAGAAUGAAGUUCCAGCCGGGGAUAGCGUUGAAGAGAAGGCCUCCCAAGUGGGAAAACCUGAGGGGGACGCAGCAAAUAAUGCAGGUAUGCACACUGGUGAAGCUCCCCCAAAGGGAAAGCAUCACGAAGACGAAGAAUUACAUGGAGGAGCAAGUCCACAAGAGGUAGUACACCCCACUGAGGAAGCCUCCCUUGGAAAGAAGAGCACAUUGGAGAAGUUAUCACCAGCACCAGCUGCUGCUGUCCAGUUGGGUCAGGAGCAGGUUCAGCAACAGGGUCAAAAGGAGGGACAAAAGGAGAGCCCAAAGGAGGGCCAAAUGGAGGGCCAAAAGGAAAGCCCAAAGCAAGACCAGAAACAGGGUCAGGAGCAGGGCCCAAAGCAGGACCAGAAACAGGGUCAGGAGCAGGGCCCAAAGCAGGACGAAAGACAAAGCAACGCAGGAGGGAAGAAUUACGAAUCCAAUAUGUUUACACUGGACAAAAAAAUGCACAAAAAUUUGUCGAACAUUGACGUCAUUUUUCAUGGGCUAAAGGACAAGUUGAAUCGCCACAGGGAUUUGAAAAACCAAGAACUGAAGCUGAAGUUCGAAGCCAUGGGGAGGAUCAAGGAGUACAAGUUGUACAAGGACCUGAUACAGAAGUCGGUGGAAAUAGUGACCCUACGACUGAUGAAGAUCAACGAAGACUUAAAAAAGUUAAAGCAAUCAUCGGAUGUAGCUCUGCAAAAAUAUAUUAACGAGAAUGGCUACGGGUUGGCGAAUUUCUCCGACUGGACAAAAUACGACAAAGCGCAAGAAGAGAAUGCAUCCAGCGGAACCAAGCACAGAGGAGAUGAAAAGAAGAGGAAGUUGUUCUGUCCAAUGGACUGCGCCAGAAAAAGCUGCCACAACAGUCCAAAUCACCCAACUCAGUGCUACAAAUUAGAGCAGAGAGGAAGUCAAAUUGAAAAAAUCUGCGAGCCGUUUGUGGAUCUGCACAGGGGCACAUGUCCAAGGGACUUCCACCACUGUGCCAUAGCUGAGCCGGAGAGGAACAAAAAAUAUUCUAUCUUUGCGUCGGGCGAACGCGGACAGACACCUCAGUUCAUCACCAUUCGGGGAUACAAUUUGCACGAAUGUCUACAGCUGCUCGUUGUGAAUAAGGGAUCCACGUGCUCCCCAAGCAGCAUAGAAAAAAACAUUUUGGAGUCCGAAGGCAUACUGCUGGAGCCUGUCUUUACGAAGUUGCUCCAUAACGAGAUCCUCCUGGAGAACAUCAAGAUAAAUACCCCCGGGGAGUACAACAUCUGCUUGGCCCAGUUCUACCAGCAGCCAGACACGCAGGAACUACUCACUGAGAACGCCUCUAACAAGAGCGGCAAGUCGAGCAAGCCUGGCAGGGCGAAUAAGGCGCAGAAGAGCGACAUACAAAUCUUGGGCAUCGAUACUAUAGGCACCCUGUUGGUGCUGCCGCUUCCGUCGAAGAAGUAG